UUAGAUUAGGUUAGGUUAUGUUAGGUUAAAUUUGUUUAUUUAGCACGAAUAUUCUUAUACCAAAUCUGAGCAUUCUGGGCACAAAGAAUUAAACAUCCUUCAUAAUGAAUAUUAUUUGCAAUCGUGUCACAUCUCACAUCAGGCUGCUUGUAUUUACGAGAAAUGUGUCGGUGAGUUGCAGAUGGAAAAACGACUUUCAAGAUAUAAUACAUAUAGAGGGUCAAGAACCUGGUAUUCCACGUUACGGGGAACGCGAAGGAGAAGAUACAAAUCUCAAAAAAGCACGAUUGAUAUAUCAAUCUCGUAAACGUGGAAUGUUAGAGAAUGGUCUACUUCUUAGCACUUUUGCACACAAGUAUCUGAAUACGUUUGAUGACAAACAGUUAAAAUUAUAUGAUCAACUUAUAAAUUUGCCAUCCAAUGAUUGGGAUAUAUUCUAUUGGGCAACUGGUGUUAAACCUACCCCACAUGAAUUUGAUAAUGAAGUGAUGGACUUACUUAAAAAGCAUAUUCAAAAUGAAGAUCGACAAGCUAGAAUAAUGCAACCAGAUUUAUAAAUAAUAUAUUACAUAAAACGAAUAGAGAUUUAUGAGAAUCUAACAUGUAAUGAUAUAAUCUAGACUGUAAACUUUAUUAAAAUUACGUUAUGAAAGGCAAUGAAAAAUUUAUUUCAAACAA